CGAUGCGAGUCACCCCUUUUGGUUGAAAGAAGGCUGACGGUUGCACUCAAAAUAUUUCCGAUAAGAACAUCCUAUCCUGUGUAUCAACAAUAUUACCAUUCCCACAAUUAUCGGUCUUUCUCCGCGUGCAUCUUUGCUUUUUUUUAUUAUCAUUGCUUGGACUAGGACGCGUUGGAGUGGCUGUGGAAGUUGGUGUUGUUGCUUUCUUGAGAGUCGAUAUGGAGAAACGGUAUGAGCCAUUGAAGGAUAUUGGUUCGGGUAAUUUUGGUGUGGCUAAGUUGGUCAAAGACAAGAAGACAGGGGAGCUUGUUGCUGUCAAAUACAUAGAAAGGGGAACUAAGAUUGAUAAGAAGGUUCAAAGGGAGAUAAUUAACCACCGAUGUUUAAGGCAUCCAAAUAUUAUCGGGUUCAGAGAGGUAUUUCUGACCCCUACUCAUUUAGCUAUUGUCAUGGAGUAUGCUGGUGGUGGUGAACUCUUUGAUAGGGUUAAUGAUGCUGGUCGAAUAAGUGAAGAUGAGGCAAGAUUUUUCUUUCUGCAACUAAUAUGUGGAGUUAGCUACUGUCAUUCCAUGCAAAUUUGUCAUAGAGAUUUGAAAUUGGAAAACAUUCUCUUGGACGGAAAUCCAGCUCCUCAACUUAAAAUUUGUGACUUUGGUUUCUCCAAGUCCGCUUUUCUGCACUCUCGACCUAAAUCAACAAUUGGAACUCCUGCAUACAUUGCUCCAGAGGUUUUUUUGCGAAAGGAGUAUGAUGGAAAGCUUGCAGAUGUUUGGUCUUGUGGUGUGUCUCUUUAUGUCAUGUUAUUUGGAGCGUACCCAUUUGCAGACCCAGGAGAAGCUAACAAUAUAAGAAAGAGUAUUGAGAGAAUAAUGAGUGUUCAGUACUCCAUACCGGACAGCAUACGUGUUUCUGCAGAGUGUAGGCAUCUCCUCUCUCGUAUUUUUGUUGCCAAUCCUGCCAUGAGAAUCACCGUCACCGAGAUAAAACAGCAUCCUUGGCUUUCGAAGAAACUACCUAGACAGAAAUUUGAGGCUGAAAUAAAAAAAGAUUACAAGGAAACAUGGAAAGACCAACCAAGACAAAGUGUGGAAGAAAUCAUGCGGAUCAUACAAGAGGCAAGGAUACCCGGGCCAGGAUCCAAAGCUGUGGAUGUUGAAGAGGCUGGCGAGGAAGUUGAUGCUAGUGGCUAUUAUGCGAAACCUUUGUGACCAAGGCCUGAAUUUGUUGUCCGGUAUAUUGUCAAAGUACUUGAUGUGGCUUGGUAAAAAAAUAUAAUGUUGAUUAAAUAGUCAAAUUUAAAAUUUAGAUUUGUUUAUAAAUAUGAAAUUUGAGUUCGU